UCUGUUUACAAAUAUAUCCAUCAAAACCUGUUCAUAAAACUCUACUUUUCCCCUUAUAGGAGACAUGAGUACCGAUCAAACGCAGGCAUUGCUUUCGGUUGAAGCUGAAGCAUACGUAGAUGCCCUUGAAGUGUAUGAUUUAAAAGAUGUAGGAUGUGAAAAGUGGAGCCGCCAACAUGAGUACAUCGAGAAGUUGAACAUGCAAGCUGUGAUAAGUGCAUCGGCACAGGAAGAAGAAUUUGUGAAGGAAUAUUUGAUAACUGCUGCAAAAAUACCUCUAUUAAUCCAGGAUCUGUUGUCGGUGGAGAUUUGGAAACAGAAAAUAUUUACAGAAUUCUCCAACAUUAACUUUCAACCAAAAACUACAUUCCCUAUAUACAUGGUGCUGUAUCAUGAAGCCACUGUAGCCAAUCUGCUGGAGACUGUGCUAUUCCACCGAGAGUCGUGUGAGGUUGCUGAAGACAGCAUGUUAGAUUUGUUGGACUAUUGUUACAGGAAGUUGGCCUAUUUAACAGCAAGGUCUGAGGUGAUGGAUGAUGAAGAAGAGGAAACUAAAGCUGAUGAAAAGGCUACGAAUUUAGAGGAUCUUCAAAAGCAGAACAAGAAGAUGGACUUUGAUAUUAGUAUCAAAGCUGUAUCAAUUCUCAGAUAUAUAACAGAUCAUCUAUCUACUCUUCCCCUGAGUGUGAUGACACGGCUUCUAAACACACAUGACGUUCCUAUCUUGCUUGUUCAGUUGGUUGAAAAUCCUCCAUGGACGAGGGACAGAGGGGGCCACGUGAUGAAGUAUGUUGACAACAAAUGGCAGGAGUUUUCUCAUCAAGACAGCAUGAAACUAUCAAAAAUCGAAGGACAGGUUUGGUUGACGCUGUACCAUUUGCUAAUGGACCAAGAUUGUCAGAGGAAAUAUGAACUUGAUGAUCACAAAAAGAAUUCGAUUCUCAAGUUGCGUCGCUACCUGACGGAAGUGAUGCUGGACCAGAUACCCGCCCUUGUCGACAUGCAGCGGUACCUAGAAACCCUCUCGAUGAUGGAACCUCCAGUAGCGAAACGGGAGUUAGUUCUAGAACAGGUGCCGGAGAUCCGUGACCGCAUCCUGAACCAGUAUGCUGGUAAAUGGAAGACCAUAGCCAAGAAACAAGCCAAGACAUUCUUCUCUCCUACAGUUGCUAGUAUGAAAGCUCAAGCAGAAAGACUUGCUGCUACCUACAACUUUGACGUGCUGGAAGGAUUACUGUCAGAGCCACCGAGAUGCGUGGUGUGUGGAGAACAGGCCACCAAGAGAUGCUCACGCUGCCGGAAUGAAUGGUACUGCCGAAGAGAGUGCCAAGUAGGACACUGGCCCAAGCACAAGACUGCCUGCAACUUGGUGCAAGAAACGAAUAAGAAAGCUGAAGAGAUGGUCAAGAACUCAAGCUGAUGAAGAGACUUACAAAUCUAUUUAUAUAGAAGCAUCCAACCAUCCAUUUCAUACAGGUUCAAAAUUGGGUUGAGUUAUUGUCAUAUCUGAUGCAAUGUACAAUAUUUGUGCAAGAAAUCAAUCUACUGAAGUUUAAAACCGUCCAUUUUGCCAUCUCUGUGUUUAAUAUGUUUCCGUCCGAUUUUGAUAAUUACUGGGAUGUCAAGUGUGUUUUCAUAUUAUAGCUUUUGAUAAAUAAAUUUA